AUGAACUUGUUAAUUUAGGAUAAAACAGAAUAGUUCUCUAUGCCAAACUUAAAUUUUAGCAUAAGUCAAAUGAUCAAUUAAGCUACAUUAAAAUAAUAGUAGUAAUCAACAACUGAAUUCUUAACUCCAUCAAAACAUCGUUCAAUGGAAUAAUUAUUAAAAUCACCAGGAGUAUAGGAACUAAUAAAAGAUUCUAUAAAAGCAGUUAUAAAAAAGAAAGAUUUUAGUCCAAAAUUAUUUACUUAAUAUAAAUAUGAUCAAUUAGAUAGAUCUGAAAGUCCAGCAUAAUAAAUUUUACCGAAAAUAGAAAAAGUCAAUAAUAUACAUGUUCUUAAAUAAAUAUAACAUGUGAAGAAAAAGAAAUGUAAAAAUUCAUUAUUAAAUUAUCAUAGCAAAUAAUCAUGGUAAUUCACCAAAGUCUAAGAAAUCAAAUCAUUUAAAAUAUUAAUAAGGAAGAUUUAUGUAAAUAUUUCCAUAAACAGAUGGAAUAUCCACUUUGAACAUAUCAUCUAAACCAAUUCAUAUUAUUUGUACUAUUAAUUAUUCAUUGUAGAAAGAAAUAAAUUUUAGGAUUCCUUUUUAAAUAAUUCUAUGGAUAAUAAAUUAGAAAAAGAAAUCGUUUAAAAAAUUAGAUUAUAAAUGGAAAAACACACUACACAAAUUGAAACUGAAACUGUACGUACAAAUAAAUAAGCAAGAUAAAAUUCAUAAUUAAUCAAAACUUCUAGAAAUAUUAAAAUGGAACCAAUGGGAAAUAUUCCAACAGUUAUGUAAAUAACUAAUCCUAAUUCAACUACAACUUAAUUACCUAAUAUUAAAAAGAAGAAAUUAAAGAAAUUUGAUGGAAUCUAUUAUUUUGAUCCAAAAUAUCCAUAAGAUUUAAUCUUUUAAGAAAGAUAUGCAUCUAUGAGACAUUAUUUUAAUAUAAUGAAUUUAUCUAAUUGUCUAUUUGUUUAACAAAAUUAAAAUAUUUACAAAGCAUAUGUUGGAAAAGGUAAUAAUGGAAUGUUAGUAAGAUAAAUUAUAAAAAGUAGAUGGUGGUGGAGUAUUUAAGAUGAAUAAGAAUAAUGUCAUUUUGUUUGGACUCAAUUAAAAGUUAAUACAAUACAUGAAAAUAUGAAAGCAUUAAAUAGAAAUCCUAAUGAAUCAAUGAGUUGUUAAAGUGCUUCCUCUUCUCUAACUACAAUUGGAUCUGUUAGUUUAGGAUUCUCUAAAUAAGAUGAAUAAAGUGAAAGUGAAUAGAUUAAAAUUGAUGCAAUACAAAAGAUUAAUAAUUAAUGGAAUAAAUUUCUUUCAAAUGCUGAAUUAAGAUAAUUUAGUACAAUUCUUAAUGGACAAGGUCGAUAAUCUAAAUUAUUAACUUUAGAGUAAGCUUAAACAGUCAAACCAAAACUUUCAAUAUAUAAUGAACCUGUUAAAGCACAUAAUCACUUAGAAAACAAUUUUCAUUUAGGAAAUAAGAAAGCUUUAUUUUAUAAUAUGAAGGCAUAUUAUGAAUCAUAAAAUUUAAAUGUUUUUGAAAAUUUACCAGUUACAUAUCAUAUCAAAAGUCUUGAUGGACCAGAGUAUCAUCAAUUUAUGGAAGCAUAUAAAGAAAGAUAAUAAAUGAUAAAUUAAGAAAAUGAUGAAAAAAAUAAACGCAGAAAUAUUUGGAUUAUAAAACCAGGAGAAAUUACAAAUAGAGGUAAUGGGAUAAAAGUAUCUGAAGAUCUAAAUGAAAUUCAAUCUAUUUUAAAUUCAAGAGAAAUGCAUAAAAAUGGAAGUUAUAAAACUUUUAUUGUUUAAUUGUAUAUUGAUAGACCUUUACUUUAUAAUAAACGCAAAUUUGAUAUAAGAUGUUAUAGUAUGUAUGUAUCAAUCAAUGGAAAUUAAAAAGGUUAUUGGUAUACUGAAGGUUAUGUCAGAACAUCUAGUAAAGAAUUUACAAUGAAAAAUCUUACUAAUAAAAUGAUUCAUUUAACUAAUGAUGCUGUUUAAAAAAAAGGAGAAGAUUAUGGAAAAUAUGAAAAAGGCAAUAAAGUUAGUUUUGAAGAAUUUUCAGUCUAUGUUGAAAAUCUUGGAGGUGAUUUUAAUAAGAUAUAUGCAAAAAUGAAGGUAUUUAUUAUAUACAUAUAUGUAUAGUAAAUGGCAACUGAAUAAUUUAAAGCAGUAUAUGGUAAAAUAGAUUAGAAUAAGAGAGAAAACACUUUUGAAAUAUUUGGAUUAGAUUUUAUGAUUGAUGAUGCUUUUAAUGUUAAAAUGAUUGAGGCAAAUACAAAUCCAUCAAUUGAAAUUUGUUGUCCUUUACUAUCUAAAUUGAUACCUUAAAUGCUGGAUAAUGCAUUCAAGUAUUUAUAAUAAAUAUUGAAGAAUUGCAUUAGAUCCAAUAUUUCCUCCUCCAAACUUUUAUAAUCCCAAAAAGAUUAUUUGUGAAAAUUAUCUUGACAAUAAAUUUGAAUUAGUUUUUGAUGAAAUGACUGAUGGACCACUCAUUACAUAAUCAUAACCUAAUUGUAUUUAAAUGAUUUAUAACAAUAUUAGAUGAUAUUGGAUUAAUUGAAGAAGAAUCUGAAGAAGAAGAACCUGAAUGA